UUUAAUUUGCCCCACAAUGGGCCGGAAACUUCUCAUGCUUUUGCUAGCUUCGUUUCUUUUACUCACUACAAGGGCCCCUGCUCUUAGCACGGUGGCAGAAUCGACACCAGUUGAAGUUUGGGUCACGCCACCAGGCCCUCUUCUCCCCACAGAGUUGCCUACAAUUGCCACUCCAGGCGAGCCACCGGUACUCCCUGGUGCACUGGUCAAACAGCCAGUGUUUCUUCCCAAUCCUCCGGCCCUGCUGCCAGCUGAGUCACCAGUACCAAUAAUAGACUGCGAACCAAAAUGCCGAGGGAGGUGCAAGUGGCAUUUGAGGAGGAGACACUCAUGCUUCUCGGCAUGCAUGGCGUGCUGUGACAAAUGCAACUGUGUACCCCCUGGAAUUUAUGGGAAGAGAAAUAUAUGUGGCACGUGCUACACCGGUAUGACCAACCGACGUGGCAGGCCCAUCUGCCCUUGAUCAUCAGAAAGUCUACCCCGCCGCUCUCGAUCAUCAACGGUCAAACAAUCACCACUACUUUAUAUAUAUAUAUACCAUAUAUAUACACGUGUAUAAGAACUUUUCUACAUGAAGUACUGUGAAAAGUUGGCACAUCGGCUGAAUAAAUAAACUGAAAUAAAAUUGCAGAUGGGAUAAAAAUGCAAAUUGUUUGGCCUUGAUUAUUAUGACUUGGCGAAACUAUUAAUGGAAAAGCAAGUAUAUAUUG